AUGGCAAAAGAUUUAAAAAAUAAAACUAUUGUAAUAACUGGAGGAGCUAUGGGAAUUGGUUACGCAAUUGCUGAGAGCUUCUUACAAACGAAUCCAAAAGUGGUAAUUAUUUUGGACAUCAAUGAAGAGUUUGGGAUUGAAGCUAUCAAGAAACUUUCUGCUAAAUAUGGCGAAAAGAAAGCUGUUUUCUUGAAAUGUAAUGUUCUAACAGAUCUUGAAGUGAUUUUCAACCGCAUCAUCGAAGAGUACCGUAACGUCGAUGUGCUCGUAAACAAUGCGGGAAUGUUAAACGACUCGGCCGUGAAAAAAACUAUUGAUAUAAACGUGACCGCUUUGAUAGAAUGGUCACUGAAGUUUUGGGAACACAUGAGGAACGACAAAUCUGGAAAAGGAGGUACAAUCAUAAACGUGGCUUCAAUUUAUGGAUACAGAAUAGACCCUUAUGUACCUAUAUAUCAAGCCUCAAAGUUUGCCGUGAUAGGAUUUACGAAAUCAUUGGGACAUGUUAAGAACUUUACUAAAUUUGGUGUAAGGGUGGUCGCUAUUUGCCCAGGAUUUACUGAGACCGCCUUAACAAGAGAUAUGAUAACAUGGACUCCUGAUGUAAUGCAAGAGUUUAAUGCUUACGCAAAAACGCAGCCGUGGCAGAAACCUGAGAGAGUAGGCGAGGUGGCAGUGGAAGUAUUUAAGAAAGCGGACAGUGGUACGGCAUGGAGCAUUUUAGGAGCACAACCCUUAACUCAAGUAUAACAAUGUUUCAGAUCGAUUAAAAUUUAGCCACAAAUCCAUGCAAUUCUAUUAAAAACCGUUGUUAAAUAA